AUGGGUGACGGGCGGCCGUGGUGGUCGGGCCCGCGCCGCGUGCGCCGCGUGCACGGCCUCCAGCUGCCACUACACCCGCAGCAGGUGCUCGCGUGGCUGGUGAUGGCCGCCUUUACCUCCCUCAUGUACGGCGCCGUCCUCCCCGCCCUCCACUCGCGCCUCGCCACGCCCCUCGCCGUAGUGACGGGCAUGGUGUUCGCCGCCCACAUCCUAACGCACAUCGUGGCGCUGGCGCUGGACCCCGCCGACACGCAGCUGCGCGCCCGCAAGGACAGGCAGCAGGUGCCCGAAUUCGAUAGAAAUGUGCAUUCGCACGUCAUAGAAAAUGGACGCUGCCAUCUGUGUAAUAUAACCAUAUCUUCUAGUCGGACUAAGCACUGCAGCGCUUGCAACAAGUGCGUGGAUGUGUUUGAUCACCACUGCAAGUGGCUGAACCACUGCGUGGGCCGCCGCAACUACCGCGUGUUCCUGGCGUGCGUCAUCACGGCCAUCCUCUCGUGUUUGCUGGUCAUGGCUACCUGCCUCGCAGAGAUCGUGCUCUACUACUUCAAGCGGGAGUACCUGGCGCCGUGGGAAUCCCCGCGCCCCGAGGUGCCCCCGCCCCCCGUGGAGGAGGUGGAGGACGAGGCAUCGCUCACGUGCUCGGAGGGCGCGCCCUACUGCCACUUCUCCAUCUUCGGUGCUUUGGUCUACGACGGCGCCUUCAUCGGCCUCCUGUCCACGCUGUUCUCAGUGGCGUUGGUGGCCGAGGUCCUGCUCGUCCACCUGGCCGCCUUCCACGCCUACAUCAUCUGCCUGGGCUUCACCACCUACGAGUACAUCCGGGGGCAUCACCUCCGGGGCUCGACCUCCGCCCACUCCUUCAGCACGUAUGGGCGUGACGGCGGCACGGAGCGCGAGGGCGCCGUGUGCGGGUGGGCGGUGAAGCGGGUGCCCGCCAACAACCAGAUCACGCCCUCCUCCACCACGGACACUAACCUCCUGUCCACAAUAUCCGUGGACUCCCUCAGCACCUCCACCACCACGGCCCGCUCCCCCCGGUCUUCCACAUCCACCACGCCCGGCCUCUCCCCCACCACGCCCUCGGACGACAGCCGCUCGCCGUCGGCCUCCAAGAACCAGCUCCUCAACCACAGCUCGCGCAUCCAGCAGAGCGGCGGGCGGGGCUGCUCGGCCAUGGCGUCCCCCACCAACACCGCGCCCAGAACGCCUCCGACGAGGGCCUCCAGCGUGCCACAGCUGCCCCAGAUCCAGGUGGGGCGCGCCAGGGCCCAGUUGAGGACCCUCAGCCGGGCGGUGUCGACCGCGGUCAGCGAAUUCACGGUGGACGAGGACGUCGAGGUGCGCGUGGUGGCGCUGCCGCGGCCGCGACCGUCUCGUCGAAGACUGCGCUCCAGCAUAGCGCCGCACUUGUCGCCCAUCAAGGAGUGCGACCAGAUAGCGCCCAGCCCGCCCACGGUGCGGGCGGUGCGCGAACAAUCGAGUGCGUCCCCGAGUCCGGCCGGCAGUCCCGCCCAAACCCCCGUUCACACGCCCUCCCGCAGUCCGCGGCCGAGCCCCGUGCGCGGGCCGCACACGCCCACCAAGGUGAGUCCGCUGGCGGGCGGCGCCGACGUGACGAGACGUGCCAACGGCCACAGUGUUGUCAGUCGAGUGAAGAUGAACGGUAACAUCGGCGAGACCACCAAUGGCUACAGCAGGACGCCGCCGCCAGUGUCUAGUGCCAAUACCAAGUUGCUGAAGGAGGUGGGGGCGCACGGCGGCGUGUACGUCGGGCCCCAGGACCCCAACUGCAACAUCCUGGGGUCGAGGGCGUGUAACAGCGGUUCCGCCCCGCGUACCAACGGCACGGUGGCCCACGUGGAACUACACAUGUAG